GCGUGGGCGGCCCGUCCCCUGCGGGUUGCUGGCGGGCGGGCGCCGGAGCUGCUGGAGUUUCCGCACGCGGGAGGGAGAUGCGACCGCGGCUGGGGCUCCUUGCAGACUUCUUACCAACAUAAUGCUGGAGCAAGCGACCGGCAGUGCACGGCUUUCACCAUGGCUGAGCUGGACGCCGAUUUGGAUCACAUCAUCCCGUCUUCUAUCCUUCCCCCUUUUUGGGCUAAGUUAGUAGUGGGAUUUGUUUCCCUCCUGUGUUUUGCACGGAGCUAUGAUGGAGAUUUCGUCUUUGAUGACUCUGAAGCUAUUGUUAACAAUAAGGACCUUCAAGCAGACACACCCCUGGGGGACCUGUGGCAUCAUGACUUCUGGGGCAGUAGACUGAGCAGCAACACCAGCCACAAGUCCUACCGGCCGCUCACCGUCCUGACUUUCAGGCUUAACUACUACUUCUCCGGAGGCUUCCACCCCGUGGGCUUCCACAUGGUCAACAUCCUCCUGCACAGCGGUAUCUCUGUGCUCAUGGUAGAUGUCUUCUCAGUGCUGUUCGGUGGCCUGCAGUUCACCAGUAAAGGUCGGAGGGUGCACCUGGCUCCGAGAGCGUCACUGCUGGCAGCUCUCCUGUUUGCUGUCCAUCCUGUGCACACUGAGUGUGUUGCUGGUGUUGUCGGCCGCGCGGAUCUCCUCUGCGCCCUGUUCUUUUCGUUGUCUUUCCUCGGCUACUGUAAAGCAUUUCGAGAAAGUAACAAGGAGGGAGCACAUUCUUCUACCUGCUGGGUGUUGCUGAGCAUCGUCCUGGGCGCAGUGGCCAUGCUGUGCAAAGAGCAAGGGAUCACUGUGCUGGGUUUGAAUGCGCUAUUUGACAUCUUGGUGAUAGGCAAAUUCAAUGUUCUGGAACUCAUCCAGAAGGUACUACGUAAGGACAAGUCAUUAGAGCAUUUGGGUGCGCUCAGGAGCGGGGGCCUCCUCUUCCGCAUGAGCCUCCUCACCUCAGGCGGGGCCGGCAUGCUCUAUAUGCGCUGGAGAAUCAUGGGAACCGGCCCACCAGCCUUCACUGAGGUGGACAACCCGGCCUCCUUUGCCGACAACGUGUUGGUCAGGGCCAUAAACUAUAAUUACUACUAUUCAUUGAAUGCCUGGCUGCUGCUGUGUCCCUGGUGGCUGUGUUUUGAUUGGUCAAUGGGCUGCAUCCCCCUCAUUAAAUCGGCUGGUGACUGGAGGGUAAUUGCCCUGGCAGCACUGUGGCUCUGUCUAAUUGGCCUAAUAUGCCAAGCCCUAUGCUCCAAGAACAGCCACAAGAGAAGAAUCCUUACUCUGGGCCUGGGAUUCCUCGUGAUCCCCUUUCUCCCUGCGAGUAACCUGUUCUUCCGAGUGGGCUUCGUGGUGGCAGAACGCGUUCUCUACCUCCCCAGUGCGGGCUACUGUGUGCUGCUGACCUUCGGCUUUGGAGCCCUAAGCAAGCACACUACGAAAAAGAAACUCAUCUCUGCCUUCGUCCUGGGGAUCUUACUCAUCAAUGCGCUGAGGUGUGUAAUUCGCAGCGGCGAGUGGCGGAACGAAGACCAGCUUUUCAGAAGUGCCCUGUCUGUGUGUCCCCUCAAUGCUAAGGUUCACUACAACAUUGGCAAAAACCUGGCUGAUAAAGGCAACCAGACAGCGGCCAUCCGGUAUUACAGGGAAGCAGUAAGACUAAAUCCCAAGUAUGUGCAUGCCAUGAAUAAUCUUGGAAAUAUCUUGAAAGAAAGGAAUGAGCUACAGGAGGCAGAAGAGCUGCUGUCUUUGGCUGUCCAAAUACAGCCCGACUUCGCUGCUGCGUGGAUGAACCUGGGCAUAGUGCAGAACAGCCUGAAAAGGUUCGAAGCAGCAGAGCAGAGCUACCGGACGGCCAUCAAGCACCGAAGGAAGUACCCAGACUGUUACUACAAUCUUGGGCGGCUGUAUGCAGAUCUGAACCGCCAUGUGGAUGCUUUGAAUGCAUGGAGAAACGCUACUGUGCUGAAGCCGGAGCACAGCCUGGCGUGGAACAACAUGAUCAUCCUCCUUGACAACACAGGUAAUUUAGCCCAAGCUGAAGCAGUUGGAAGAGAGGCGCUGGAAUUAAUACCUAAUGAUCACUCUCUUAUGUUCUCCUUGGCAAACGUGCUGGGGAAAUCCCAGAAAUACAAGGAAUCUGAAGCUUUGUUCCUCAAGGCCAUUAAAGCAAAUCCCAAUGUGGCAAGUUACCAUGGGAAUUUAGCUGUGCUCUAUCAUCGCUGGGGACAUCUUGAGUCGGCCAAGAAACACUAUGAGAUCUCCUUGCAGCUCGACCCCGCAGCAGCAGGCACCAAGGAGAAUUAUGGUCUGCUAAGGAGAAAGCUGGAGCAGAUACAGAAGAAGGACGUCUGAUCUUCGUGCCUCGCCUUCUGAACGUGCAGACCAGGGAGUGUCAGGACCAUGCACUGCGUUCAGCUGUUUCAAAUUCUUUUCAGGUGUAUGGUUAUUCUGCCCAUGAAAACAAAGACAUGCAAAAAGAUGAUAACACCAGCGAUAUAUUCUUGAAUGCUUGAUAUGCUUUUUGCAUCAAAAUUGUAUUUUUUCAAUCAACUCAAAUGUAAUUCUAAAAUCCCCCAAAAGGAAACCUUUUCUACCUAAAGAGAAAAAGAGAAAAAAAACUAUCUUGUGACUUUUACUAGCAUUCAACCUGUAUUUGGGCAGUGCGCCUUGCAUAUGGACCGCUAGUACUAUUAGACCUCGUUUGUGGGCUGGGUGUGUCCCUGUACUCAGCAUGUGGGAGCCUGAGGCAGGAUCACAAGUUCAAAUCCCACCUGGGCACCUUAGGAAGCCCCUAUCU